AUGGUAGACGGCACGGCACACCCAGACGUCACGGUAGAAGGCAGACAACAUGCAGAUGACGGCAGAGGAGCGGCAGGAACCGAGCAGGAGGGAGAAAUUCAAAGAAGAAUCAAUAAGAAAAUUGUCUGGAGGUUGCAGGUUCCUCGAAUAGCUCUUCCGAGAAUCAAGAAGGGAUUCUUGGGCUUUUCUCAAUUGCGUUCUUUAGUAAUCGAUCCUGUGAUAGCAGAAGGCACGUGUGGAGCUCUGAAAAAUCAGCAAGAUGGAUCCCAGAAGCAGCAAGAAAUGGUUCAUAGACAAUUGGAGAACCAUCAACAAUGCAUUACUGCAAUGUCAACAAGGUUAGAACAAGUUUCUGAUAUGUUACGAUCUUUGGUUGAGUCUUCUAGUGUCAAUACAAAUGAACCUAGAGGUCAUGAAGAUAGGGCUAUCCAGAGAAGCUUUCGUUUGGAUUUUCCACGUUUUAGUGGAUGUGAUCUUGUUGGAUGGGUUUUUAAAGCUAAUCAAUACUUUGAUUUUUAUCAAACACCAUUUCAUCAAAAAUUAAUGGUGGCCUCAUAUCAUAUGGAGGGUGAGGCAUUAGUUUGGUACCAAACUGCUUUUAACUCAGGUCAGUUCAAUUCUUGGGAGUCAUUGGUUAUGGCAAUGCAAGUGAGAUUUGGGCCAUCUGCAUAUGAUGACCCAAUGGAGGCAUUAACCAAGUUAAAACAGACCACAUCUGUUGCUGUGUAUAAGUCACAGUUUGCAGCCUUGACAAAUAGGUUGAUAGGCUUGUCUGAGAAGCAUUUGCUUAGUUGUUUUGUGAGUGGCCUGAAAGAUGAAAUCAGGUUACCUGUGAAGAUGUUCAAUCCAGUGAAUCUUGGGGCUGCUUUUGGAUUGGCAAAAAUCCAAGAAGAGUACUUGUCAGCUGUUAAAAAACCAUGGAGAGGUGUUUCAGUAAUGAGUGAAUCUAUGGUGGAAGGCAACAGAUUCCAGAAACCUCCCGUAGCAGUUAAGAAGAUUUUUUCUUCACAAAUGGAUGAAAAAAUGAAGAAAGGGUUAUGUUACCAUUGUGAUAAAAAAUGGAACCCCACGCAUAUAUGUAAGGCUCCCAAAGUGUAUCUGUUACAUGUUGAGGAUACUGUUGGUAAUGCCUUAGAAAUACAGGAGGAGGGAGAUGAGACUCUAGUGACCAAUGAACAGUUGGUGACAGAAGAAGGAGAAGGGCUGGAGGUGUCCAUUAAUGCAAUAUCUGGCUGCUCUAACAAUAAUGCCAUGAAGUUGUUGGGAAGGAUUGAAAGUUGUGUGGCUGAAAUUUUAGUGGACUCGGGGAGUACACAUAAUUUUUUGGAUCCAUUGGUGGUACAAGCAGCAAAACUUAAAGUACAUGAUGAUUUGAAGUUACAAGUGAGAGUAGCUAAUGGUGACAAGUUGGUAAGCAGUGGCAGUUGUGAAGAAGUCAUCAAGGUUCAAGACUCAAAGUUUAGAAUUCCAUUUCAUAUGUUAGCCUUGGGUGGUUGUGACAUAGUAUUGGGGGUUCAAUGGCUAAAGACCUUGGGGCUAAUCUGUUGGGAUUUUAAUUCCAUGUCUAUGAGUUUUAUAGUGGGGCAAUCCAAGAUCACCUUACAUGGGUUGAAGUCUGAUGGCAUGAGGCUUCAAAAUGGAGAGGGCAAUUUAAAGUCUUCCUUGGUCAGACAACAGGGUUGGUUUUUGCAGCUGAGAACUGAGGACUCAAUAGAAAAACCUGGAAGUCAAGUGCAAGAGGUAGAAGAACUAUUACAAGGGUUCGAGCAUGUCUUUGCUGAACCUGUGGGUUUACCUCCCAUCAGAUCUUUCGAUCAUCAUAUUCCUCUUAAGGAGGGAACUGGUCCUGUUUCAGUCAGGCCUUAUAGAUAUCCUCAUUAUCAAAAAAAUGAGAUUGAGAAUAUUGUUCAGGAUUUGUUGAAAUUUGGGGUGGUGAGGCCAAGUCAGAGCCCCUUUUCUUCACCAGUGCUUCUUGUUAAAAAGUCUGAUGGUUCAUGGAGGAUGUGUGUUGACUAUUGA